AUGGCGAAGUUCUAUGCUACUGUACCUGAUGGAGGACGACUGGCCCCAGCGCGGUAUGGAUUUAGUUCACGAGCCCCCCGAGACGAAUCAAGAUGCGCGGGGGAUAAUAUGCUUGGCAACGAGGGAUAUCAGAGCGCUAACAGAUCGCCCAAGACAGGACCUCUUGGACCUUGGUGCAUUGCAUUCGCCACAAGCGAUCCUUACGAAGGCCUACCAGCCAACUCGCCGUUGGAGGAAAAAUAUACGGUUUUCAGAAAGUUGCUGAAGAAGGACGAACCGCCUCGUUGGUACCAAUAUUCUUGA